GUCAGAGGUCAUGCAUCGCAGACACACCACCCUGCGAGAGAAGGGUCGCCGGCAGGCCGUCCGCGGCCCGGCGUACAUGUUUAAUGAGCGCGGCACCAGUUUAACAGCAGAAGAGGAGCGAUUUAUGGAUGCAGCAGAGUACGGUAACAUCCCUGUGGUGCGCAAGAUGCUAGAUGAGUCCAAAACGCUCAACUUCAACUGUGUGGACUAUAUGGGCCAAAAUGCAUUGCAGCUAGCAGUCGGAAACGAGCAUCUGGAAGUAACGGAGCUCUUGCUGAAAAAGGAUGGGAUGGCGCGCAUAGGUGACGCUCUACUUUUAGCCAUCAGUAAAGGCUACGUGCGAAUCGUGGAGGCCAUUUUGGCGCAUCCGGCGUUCGCAGGAGGAUUAAGACUGACUUUGAGUCCACUAGAGCAAGAAUUAAGAGAUGAUGACUUUUAUGCCUACGAUGAAGACGGGACGAGAUUUUCCCACGAUGUGACGCCGGUGAUUCUGGCCGCUCACUGUCAGGAGUACGAGAUUGUGCAUAUCCUGCUAAUGAAAGGCGCUAGGAUUGAGCGGCCGCACGAUUAUUUCUGUAAAUGCAACGAGUGCAUGGAGAAACAGAGACGGGACUCUUUUAGUCACUCCAGAUCCCGAAUGAACGCUUAUAAAGGACUCGCUAGCGCCGCCUAUCUGUCGCUGUCCAGUGAAGAUCCUGUGCUGACGGCUCUGGAGCUCAGCAAUGAACUCGCAAGACUUGCUAACAUUGAGACAGAGUUUAAGGAAGAAGAGGAGUUUGAAGUCAAGAAGUUUGUGGCUCAUCCGAACUGCCAGCAGCAGCUUCUGACGAUCUGGUAUGAGAAUCUUUCUGGUUUGCGGCAGCAGUCCAUCGGUGUGAAGUGUCUGACGGUGCUGGGCGUCACAGUGGGACUGCCUUUCCUGGCCAUCGCAUACUGGAUCAUGCCCUGCAGCAAGCUGGGUCAGAUCUUACGGAGCCCCUUCAUGAAGUUUGUGGCUCACGCCGUGUCCUUCACCAUCUUUCUGGCUCUGCUGGUUCUGAACGCAUCCGAUCGGUUCGAGGGGGUCAAAAACCUCCCCAACGAGACCAUCACUGACCAUCCACGACAGGUCUUCAGGGUCAAGACCACACAGUUCUCUUGGACAGAGCUGCUCAUCAUGAAAUGGGUUCUGGGCAUGAUCUGGUCGGAGUGUAAGGAGAUCUGGGUUGACGGUCCGCGUGAGUAUGUCAUGCACCUCUGGAACGUUCUGGACUUUGGGAUGCUGUCGAUCUUCGUGGCGUCUUUUACCGCUCGUCUCAUGGCAUUUCUGAAAGCGUCUAAAGCUCAGCUCUACGUGGACCUGCACGUCCCAAACCAUGACAUCAGCAACGCAUCGCUUCCUGCUGACGUCGCAUACUUCACAUAUAGGGUCGAGGAGAGCUUUAAGACUCUCUUCUGGUCCAUCUUUGGCCUGUCGGAGGUGAUUUCGGUGGUUCUGAAGUACGAUCAUAAGUUCAUCGAGAACAUCGGUUACGUUCUAUAUGGCGUCUAUAACGUGACCAUGGUGGUGGUUCUGCUCAACAUGCUCAUCGCCAUGAUCAACAGCUCCUACCAAGAGAUCGAGGAAGACGCUGAUGUGGAGUGGAAGUUUGCUCGUGCUAAACUCUGGCUGUCGUAUUUCGAUGAGGGCCGAACGCUCCCUGCUCCCUUUAAUCUGGUUCCCACUCCUAAAUCUUUCUACUACCUGAUCAUCCGCAUCAAAACCUGCCUGAUACAGCUGUGUAAAGGAAAAGCCCACCGGCAUGACAGCGAACUGGAGAUGGGCAUGAUCAACUCACGCCAGAAGGCAGGUGAGCUGAAGGAAAUCAAACAGGACAUCUCGAGUCUGCGAUAUGAGCUUCUAGAGGAGAAAUCUCAGGCCACAGGAGAACUGGCUGACCUCAUUCAACAACUCAGCGACAAGUUCGGCAGAAACGCCAAGAAACAACCUUGAGGAACAGACUGACACACAGAGAGUGAGACAGACAGAGAGAUCGACAGAUGAAUGGUGCUUCAGGAAAACUGUGGACA